AUGCCGGAAGUUUACCGCGCCGAUCACGUAGGGAGUUUGUUGCGUCCCGCCGAUUUGCACCAGGCCAGGGCGAACUGCCGCGAAGGUAUGCUCGAACUGCACCAGCUGCGGGCUAUCGAAGACGCGGCGAUCCUGCACGUCCUGGAACGUCAGCAGGCAGCCGGAGUGGAGAUCUACACCGACGGUGAAUUUCGGCGCUCCGGGUUUCAAAACGACCUGAUUGAGGCGGUGGAAGGCUACGUUGAGACCAACGAUCCCGCGGUGGUUCGCGUGUGGCAGGGCCCGGGAGGUGAACCGCACGAACAGGGCACGCGGCAGGUGGUGGGUGGAAAGCUGCGACAACUGCGCAGGUUGACCCAGUACCAGGCAACGUUCAUGAACGCCUACGCGCCGGGGCCAUUCAAGAUAACCGUGCCCAGCCCCAGCCAGUAUCCGGCCAUCAGCUUCCAGCCGGGCCUGACCGAUCGAUACUAUCCAACGCGGUCGGACCUGCUCUGGGACAUCGCUGAGAUCAUCAAAGCCGAGAUAUCGGCUCUGCUGGAAUCGGGCGUGCCAUACGUCCAGAUCGACGCACCCCGCUACAGCUAUUACGUGGACGCAAAAUGGCGGGAGCAUUUGCGGGAACUGGGGGAAGACCCGGACCAGAUGUUCGAGGAAGCAGUGGCGGCGGACACCUACUGCCUGGAGGGAGCGCAACGGCCCGGCGCCACGGUGGCGCUGCACAUUUGCCGGGGAAACAACCAGAGCAAAUGGUACGCGGAAGGCGGCUACGAGGCCAUUGCCGCAAAGUUGUUCGGGACGUUGCCCGUCGACAGGUUUCUCCUGGAAUAUGACACCGAACGCGCCGGUACCUUUGAACCACUGCGGCACGUCCCCGAGGACAAAAUGGUGGUUCUUGGACUGAUCAGCAGCAAAGAUUCAACCCUGGAAUCUCGGGAUUACGUCCUGGAACGGAUCGAGGAAUCAACUGCGUAUGUCCCGCUGGAAAGAUUGGCGCUCAGUCCACAAUGCGGUUUCGCGUCCACCGUCGCCGGCAAUCUGCUGACUGAAGAGGAACAAUGGCGCAAGCUGGAACUGGUGGCCAGCAUCAGCCGCGAGGUAUGGGGAGGGUAA